AUGAUUCUUUUAUUACAAUACCCUUUAACAAGAUGUUCUGUUUCUAUACUUUAUCUUCCUUCUGCACCUUCUGAACUUAGAUCUAGAUCUGUUAAACCGAUUCAUAUAUUAACUGAAAUAAAUAAUGAUGAUAAUAAUGAAGAAUUUCCCUAUUGGGAUGAAGCAAUUGACGAAUAUUUUGACCGUCCAGAUCAUCCAAACUUUCAUUCAAUCAUAUAUCCUAAUUACUUUCGCAAUUACACCAUUCGAUUCAAUCAACCAAGUCAAAAUUCAAAUUUAUUUUAUUCUCGAGAUCACAAAAAUAGAUUAAUAGUUCAACAAAAAACACCAAUAUUAUUAAGAUUCACUACUUACAAAGUAGAAGAUGGAGAACCAUUUUUAUAUCUUAUAAUGAAAAUUCCUGUAAGAUCUGAACAAGAAUUACUUGGAGAAUAUGCAACAUAUAGAGAUAGAUUCCAAGCAAUGUUCCCUAUAAGAUAUAAUCAAGUAAUUGAAUUACUUCACAGAAAAUUCUAUAACACUACUCAUAUUGUGAAUACACGCCAAGCUGCUCUUGACAUAAAUCAACUCUUAUAUAGCUACCUCCCAUUUGAUCACACAACAAUUGAACCUCUCAUUUCAAUAUCUGAAGAUACUUUAGACUUUGAAAUACUAAAUGAAAACCAUUUGAUCUCCUAUUUUAAACACUCAACAAAUCUACCACAUAUAAAUUUGCGAGAAGGUGCAUGUGUCAUGUUCCUAAAUAACAAACUUUUUGAUGAUGAUAUUUGCAAUGGCUCAAUAACAAAAAUUGUUGACAAUCAAAAUGUAGAAGUAACUUUUCCUACCUUUCCAAAUUUAAGCAAAGUUAUUGUCCAAAAAGAAACUGCUUAUUUUAUGCAAGGCUUAACUACUUCCAUUGACGAAUCUUUAUUUGCUGAAGGUCAAGCCUACGUUGCAAUGAGCCGUGCAACUUCAUGGCAAAACCUCCGUAUUAUAAACUUUGACUAUAAAUACUUGAUAUCACCAAAAGCUGCUCUAAAUGAAUACAAAAGAUUAAACAUAAUACACGCUAGAGGAUUACUGAAUUUACAUUAA